UUUGCAGUGUGUGUUAAAUCGCGCGCAGCUACUGUGGGUCACACAUAUACGCGCGCACACGCACACACGCACACACAAGAGCUCCGGGUUUCUACGGUAACGCACUGCAUUGGCUAUUUCUGUUCCGAGGAUGCAGGCUGAGAGAGGGAAACUAUUAACAGCAGGAGGAUGAGUUAGGAAUCUCUUAAGAGUCUAGACAAAGUGGUCUCUCAAGGAUCUGGAAGGAUUCUAUCUGCCAUCUGUACUAAUAUCAUGUUGGUCAUGACACAUCCUAAGCUGCCUGCCAUCACGCUGAUGCUUCUCUGCAGCUCAGCAUCCGUGCUGUGGGGCUUCCCAUUCGGACCCGUGCUUGAUCUGGAUGUUAUUCCUAGAACCACUGUGCCUUUUAAUGGGCUUCUAGGAUGUAAUCAUUUUCAUGGUCAGACUGUAAACUACAGUACUCUACUGCUAGAGGAUGGAUCUGGUGUGUUGUAUGUAGGGGCCAGAGAGGCCCUUUAUGCCCUGGACACAGCCAAUAUCUCAGCUAUCCGCAAUAACAGUUCUAUCGAUUGGGCUGCAUCUGCUGAGCAGAAGAAGCAGUGCUUAAGCAAAGGAAGAGACGAUGAGACAGAAUGCUACAAUUAUGUUCGGUUUCUUGACCGUUAUAAUGAGACCCAUCUCUACACCUGUGGGACACAUGCCUUCCGACCUCGCUGUGCAUACAUAGAUGUGGAACGAUUCAGCUUUGUGCGUUUUGAGGAAGGCAAAGAAAAAUGCCCCUAUGACCCAUUCAAAGGCUAUACUGGGUUUAUUGUGGACAGUGAGAUGUACUCUGCCUCACAGUAUGAUUUUCGUAGUUCCCCUGACAUUCGUCGUAACUUUCCUUUCCCCAACCUGAGGACAGAAGAGGCUCCAACUAAAUGGCUCCUGGAGGCGGACUUUGUUGGCUCAGCACUAUUGAGAGAGAGCAUCAACAGCUCCAUUGGGGAUGAUGACAAAGUUUACUUCUUUUUUACUGAGAGAAAUCUGGAGCAGAAACCUUACUCAAGCCAGACCAGAGUGGCCAGAGUGGCCAGGGUCUGUAAGGGUGACAUUGGAGGUCAAAGGACUCUUCAGAGAAAGUGGACAUCUUUUUUGAAGGCCCGACUUGUGUGUUCUUUUCCUGAGUAUGAGUUGCAGUUUAACAUCUUGCACGGUGUGUAUGUUCUGGAAGGACCUAAUGUUCAGGACAGCCUCAUUUUUGCUAUCUUCGGACUUGAAUGGAAAAAUGUUAAAACAUCUGCAGUUUGUCAAUACUCUAUCAGAGAUGUCCAAGCUGCAUUUGAUGGCCCGUACAUGGAACUCCAAGACUCAAAAUGGAGGGAAUACACUGGAAAAAGUCCAGGCCUGAGGCCUGGCUCAUGCAUAACUGAUCAGCACCGGGCUCAGCUCAUAAAUUCAUCACGGGAUCUGCCAGAUAACGUGCUCAUGUUUGUUCGGAGACACCCUUUGAUGGCCAGAGAAAUCCAGCCAAUAGGAGGGCGUCCCCUACUGUUCAAAAAAAACGCUGACUACACCAAUAUAGCUGUUCAUAAGGUCACUGCCUUGGAUGGGAAUACCUAUAACAUGAUCUUCACUGGAACAGAUGAUGGAUGGAUGCAUAAGGCUGUGCAGCUGGGAGAUCGGGUACACAUGAUUGAGGAGCUACAAUUGUUUAAGGAGUCACAGCCUAUAAAUAACAUGGUUAUUUCAUAUAAACAGAAAAGUAUAUAUGUAAGCGCCGCGUCUGGAGUGGUGCAAGUGCCCCUGUCUUCCUGUAUGCGUUACACCUCAUGUUAUAGCUGUGUGUUUGCACGAGACCCUCUAUGUGGCUGGGAUGGGCGACAAUGUGUUGAUAUAUCAACAUACCCUGUCAGGUCCAACUUAACUCAGGACAUCCAGAUGGGUAGCAGGGGGUGUGACAACAUCACAGAGGAUGGUUUUGUGACCCAUCGCACUCGGUCAGUGAUGGUGGGACAUGACUUGCUCUUGCUUUGUGAGCUUCGCUCUAAUCUGGCAGUUCCACAUUGGACCCUGAAUGGUGAAGAGAUGCAAGGUUACGCUGUGGACACUGGCUACCGAAUUGGCACUGACGGUCUCCUUAUAAUCGGGGCUCAGACACGGCACGGUGGCCAUUACAGCUGUUAUGCUGUGGAGAACAAUGUUUGGAUUCCCAUAUGCAGCUACAUGGUUAGGGUGCAGCCUGUUCCUCCACCUUCACCCCAUCUACCCACAGAUCCAACUGCCUUAGCAGAGAGGUUUUUCACCACUAGCACACUGUCUAUUAGCCCCUCUAGUGAAUCCAAUGAGCAGCCCCUGUACCCACUACCCUCCAGGCCUGAGUUCCACACCAACCUUCACAUGGAGGCUAUGUAUAUUUCCAUGGUGGCUGUUUUAGGUGGACUCUGUCUUGUGCUGACCGUGGUGCUGCUGUAUGUAAGCUUUUGUGCACAUAGUGCCCCUAGUCACAGGAAGUACACCCAGCAAGAGCUGUCCAUUACCCCAACUACAGAGAGGAAACAAAGCUCUCAUGUUGAGCUGAAGACAAUCUCGAGCCACUGCAAUGGGAGGACCGAUGGGCUUUAUGCAGCAGCAUCAACAGAUGAAGAAUUCCUGCAAAUUAUUUCUGGUGAUGGGCAGGUCAGUCCUAACAAGGAGCCUCCUCCAGCUCCUCCACUUCCGAUGCCACCUCCACUACCAGCCACAGAGUACGCAAAUGGCUUGUCGGCUUCGCUACCCACUGUUUUAAGAAAAAUAAACGGGAACAGCUACAUGCUCCUGAGUCAGAUGGACUCAGAUAUGACCUCACCUCUUUACCAUUCUUUCACAGAGGAGCUGAACAGGAUCCUAGAGAAGAGAAAACACACACAGCUGGAUAUGCAGCCAGAUGAAAGUUCAGUGUAGCCUGAUCUCUUACUAAUAAGGGUUGUGGCACCUAUUGGAGGGAAUCUUAACUGUUGUUAAAGCUGUAUUUUAUUACCUAAAAUAAAUGUGGUGUAUUAUGCUGUA